CCUUCCGCCACGGAAGGUAGUCCUCCCCUAAAGGGCAACCUGCUUGUCCCGCCUACCCUGCUCUUUUCUCAGAAGGUGCGGGCGCCUGUUGAGAGGCGGGGCGCCGCCGGCCGCCGCCCGGGAUUGGGCGAGGGGAGGGGCUGCGGAGGGAUUGCGGCGGCCCGCAGCUGUGAUAACCUUGAGGCCCAGUCGGCGCAGCCCCGCACAGCAGCUACGCGUCGCCACUUGCAGACGUCUGCUUUAGGUAUCGCGGCAGGAACCGAAGUACGCCCGAGGACUUCAGAAACCAGGACUUCAGAAACCAUGCCGAAGCCACACAGCGAAGCAGGGACUGCCUUCAUUCAGACCCAGCAGCUCCAUGCAGCCAUGGCUGACACCUUCCUGGAACACAUGUGCCGCCUGGACAUUGACUCCGCUCCCAUCACGGCCCGCAACACUGGCAUCAUUUGUACCAUUGGCCCUGCUUCCCGAUCUGUGGAGAUGCUGAAGGAGAUGAUAAAGUCUGGAAUGAAUGUGGCUCGGCUGAAUUUUUCUCAUGGAACCCAUGAGUACCAUGCAGAGACCAUUAAGAAUGUCCGCGCAGCCACGGAAAGCUUUGCAUCAGAUCCCAUUCUCUACCGUCCCGUUGCGGUAGCUCUGGAUACAAAGGGGCCUGAGAUCAGGACUGGACUCAUCAAGGGCAGCGGCACUGCAGAGGUGGAGCUGAAGAAGGGAGCCACUCUGAAGAUCACCCUGGACAACGCUUACAUGGAGAAAUGUGAUGAGAAUAUCCUGUGGCUGGACUAUAAGAACAUCUGCAAGGUGGUGGAGGUGGGCAGCAAGAUCUACGUGGACGAUGGGCUCAUCUCACUGCAGGUGAAAGAGAAAGGUGCUGACUUCCUGGUGACGGAGGUGGAGAAUGGCGGCUCCUUGGGCAGCAAGAAGGGCGUGAACCUGCCUGGUGCUGCUGUGGACCUCCCCGCUGUGUCAGAGAAGGACAUCCAGGACCUGAAGUUUGGGGUGGAACAGGAUGUGGACAUGGUGUUUGCAUCUUUCAUCCGUAAGGCAGCUGACGUGCAUGAAGUUAGGAAGGUCCUGGGAGAAAAGGGCAAGAACAUCAAGAUCAUCAGCAAAAUCGAGAACCAUGAAGGUGUCCGCAGGUUUGAUGAGAUCUUGGAAGCCAGUGAUGGGAUCAUGGUGGCUCGUGGUGACCUGGGCAUUGAGAUUCCUGCAGAGAAGGUCUUCCUGGCUCAGAAGAUGAUGAUUGGACGGUGCAACCGAGCUGGGAAGCCUGUCAUCUGUGCCACACAGAUGCUGGAGAGCAUGAUCAAGAAGCCACGCCCCACCCGUGCUGAAGGCAGUGAUGUGGCCAAUGCAGUCCUGGAUGGAGCAGACUGCAUCAUGCUGUCUGGAGAAACAGCCAAGGGGGACUACCCUUUGGAGGCUGUUCGCAUGCAGCACCUGAUAGCUCGGGAGGCUGAGGCAGCCAUGUUCCACCGUAUGCUGUUUGAAGAGCUUGUGCGAGCCUCCAGUCAAUCCACAGAUCCCAUCGAGGCCAUGGCCAUGGGCAGCGUGGAGGCCUCUUAUAAAUGUUUAGCGGCAGCUUUGAUAGUUCUGACGGAGUCUGGCAGGAGUGCUCACCAAGUGGCCAGGUACCGCCCUCGGGCUCCUAUCAUUGCUGUGACUCGCAAUCCCCAGACUGCUCGCCAGGCCCAUCUGUACCGCGGCAUCUUCCCUGUGCUGUGUAAGGAUGCUGUACUGAAUGCCUGGGCUGAGGAUGUUGACCUUCGUGUAAACUUGGCCAUGGAUGUUGGCAAGGCCCGAGGCUUCUUCAAGAAGGGAGAUGUGGUCAUUGUGCUGACUGGGUGGCGCCCUGGCUCUGGCUUCACCAACACCAUGCGUGUAGUGCCUGUGCCUUGAUGGCCCUCUGGAGCCCCUCUUCUAGCCCCUGUCCCUUCCCCUCCCCUAUCCUAUCCAUUAGGCCAGCAACGCUUGUAGUGCUCACUCCGGGCCAUAGUGUGGCGCUGGUGGGCUGGGACACCAGGGAAAAUUAAUGCCUCUGAAACAUGCAAUAGAGCCCAGCUAUUUUUCAUGGCCCUACUUGAGCCAGGGGUGAAGGAAGAAUGCAGGAUUGGAAACCCUCUGACUUUAUCACAGAAGGGCAGCAUCAUCUCUGUGUACUUUGCUCCUGUAGAAAGUUGUCCAGAGAAUUCCCAGCCCUAGCCUGGAGUCCAAAGACUGGACAAAAAUAGGGGCUGAGGGUGUGGGGCUUUUGGUCCUGGCCCUGACUUGCUCUCCCAACAGCUUUGGCCUCCCCACUCCUCCUUGUGCACUCCACUGCUGUCACUGCAGACACUCUGCUCUCCACCUUGUAUUCUGCAGUCUCCAGGCCUGUUGCUUUAGUGCCCACCUGAAUGUCAAUAAACAGCAGCUGAAGCAC